AUGUAUUAUUUCGUGCCCCGUGCUUCACAAGAAGACAUGUUACACUGUCAGUGUCAGCAACAUUUGCUGAUAACAUGCACCAAUAGCCACAAGGUCGAUGUGAGUCAUGGGGACAACAGCCACUACGUAGAAGGCGAGAGCCGUUACAUCUGGAUGCCAGAUGGCAAAGGCGUCCCCCAUCUUGUAGACCUGCAUGAACCCGCGGACCAAAACUUAAUUAACUCCAGGAAUGGAGCUAAUAAUCAAUACUGGCUUUACACUAGGCAAAAUCCUACCAACCACCAAAUCCUUGUUAACGGCAACAUACAAUCAAUUUGGAAUUCGAACUACGUGGCUAGUAGACCUUUAAAAGUCAUCGUUCAUGGCUGGAAUAGCAAUGCACUUAGUGACUUGAAUCCGGCUAUCACAUCAGCUUAUUUAGCAGUACAGGAUUGCAACGUUAUAGUUGUGGACUGGCGUGCACUUGCCAAUUCUGCAUAUUCUACUGCUGUGAAUGGUGUGCCGAGUGUUGGCCAGUUCCUUGGUAACUUUUUGGUGUGGCUGAUCAAUAAUGCUGGAGGAAACUGGAACAACGUACACUUGAUCGGCUUCAGCUUAGGAGCUCAUAUUGUUGGUGUUGCAGGCCGCACAGCUGGUGGCGGAGCGUCUCGUAUUACUGGUUUGGAUCCCGCUGGUCCUCAAUGGGGUGGAAACCCAAAUGCGUUAAACCGCAACUCAGGGCAAUAUGUGGAAACUAUCCAUACUGAUGGUGGUCUACUUGGUAUAUUCGAUCCCAUUGCUCACGCAGACUUCUACCCUAAUGGAGGCAGAAACCCACAGCCUGGUUGUUGGAUCAGCACCUGUUCUCAUAGUCGGGCACAUCAGUUCUUUGCAUCCAGCGUCCGCACUAACCACUUCGUUGGUAGGCAAUGUGGGAAUCUGAAUCAAGCGCAAAAUAACCAGUGUGGUGGACACACUAUAAACAUGGGCAACGGUAUUAUUUCAAAACGAGGAGCUGGUCUAUUUGGAUUAUCUACAGGAGCUGCUUGGCCGUUCUAGACAUUUGCAAGAAAUCCGUCCGACAACCAAUCAAUUGAAAAGGCUUCGAUUUAUUGACUUCGAAGAUCUGAAUUUGUGGAAACACUUAUAAAUAAUAUUAAACAUGCUAACGAACAG